UUCACUCAGAGAUCGAUUCUGUGGUCGGAAGAGAUCGGAGUCCCUGUUAUGCCGACAGACUUCAUAUGCCGUUCACUCAGGCGUUCAUUAACGAAGUGAUGAGAUAUAAGACUACUAUUCCCGUAAAUCUGAUGAGAAGGACAACAGAGGAUACAUCAGUUUUGGGUCAUUUCAUACCAAAAGACACNCGUAAAUCUGAUGAGAAGGAUACAUCAGUUUUGGGUCAUUUCAUACCAAAAGACACUAAAGUUUUAGCCAAUAUAUGGGCCGUUCAUAACGACCCCAAAGUAUGGCAUAAACCGCAAGACUUUAAUUCCAAACGAUUCCUUACAAGUGAUGGCAAAGAAGUGAUUAAAAUCGAUGCUUUCAUACCAUUCUCUUACGGUAAACGCAAUUGUGUUGGCGAGACAUUGGCACGAGUGGAGGUAUUCCUGUAUUUAGUAUCACUUCUACAAAGGUAUACAAUAAGUGCAGCAAAUGAUGAGGUGUUGACUCUGGAGGAGAGGUUUGGCCUAUCAUUACCACCAAAACACAAACCAAUUCUUAUAUUUAAUAAGCGG